GCGGAACAGUUAGGCGCUGUGCAAUGCCCUUCGUCCAACGGGCAUUUAUUGAGAGCACACUAGAUGCCAGGCACUGCGCUGGGUGCUGCUACUUAAGCGAGAAUGAUCAAUGCAGCCUAGCAGGGAAGUCCUGAUCGCCCAGGAGCGGGCCCCUUUUCCCGGCUCUGUCCCUGCCCUCCAGGAUAGGGCUGCCCAGGAGGCCAAGAGGUGGCGCUGCAGAGAAAAGAACAGCUGGUGGGGCCAGUAGAGGGCACUGUGGGAGGGCCCGGUGAAGCGGGGCGCGCAAGUUCCCGCAGGCCGCGCUGAUGGCGGCGCCAGGCGCCGCUCCCGUGCUGGGGGCACCCCCAGGGCUGGAAGCGGCCCUGCAGAAGCUUGUGCUGCGGCGGAAGAAAGUGCUGAGCGCGGAGGAGAUGGAGCUGUACGAGCUGGCGCAGGCGGCGGGCGGCGCCAUGGACCCCGACGUGUUCAAGAUCCUGGUGGACCUGCUGAAGCUGAACGUGGCGCCCCUCGCCGUCUUCCAGAUGCUCAAGUCCAUGUGUGCGGGUCAGAGGCUGGCAAACGAGCCCCAGGACCCUGGGGCGGUGUCUCUGCCCACAUCGAGCGUGCAGGAGACCCGAGAGGCCUCCUUUCUCUCUACCAAGAACUGUAGCCCCCCUGCAAGGCCCUCCUUUUCCUCAGCCGCGCGGCCUGCGGCCUCUCCGGUUCUGCACAAUGGCCCAACUGCCACGCACUCGCCUCUCUCUCCAGGGCCCCCCGGUUCCCUCCGGUUCUCUUGCUGCCUGUUCUCUCCUUUUGCAGGGAGAAACAAAGGCAGCACUGCUCUCGGUGGAGGACCGGCCCUGGCAGAACGCAGCAGCCGGGAAGGAUCCAGCCAGAGGAUGCCCCGACAGCCCAGUGCUACCAGGCUGCCCAAGGCGGGUGGGCCGGGGAAGAGCCCCACCCGGAGCAGUACCUGAGCCAGGCAACGACUUGUCACACUGGCCUGCUGUGAGUUCCACCGGCCUCCUAGCGGAGGCUACGUGUUGUUUCCUUUGGUCAGUAAUAAACUUUUUUGAAAA